CACAACCCUAAUGAGGAUCCGGAAGUGACAGCAGGAGAGGGCAGAGAGCACUUCCGCCCUUACAGCAGCUUCAUGCUCUAUCCAUUCUCUGAGAGCCAGCCUGUAUGGGAUGGCGUCUGCUGAUCUGAGACAGGAGCUGGACUGUUCCAUCUGCCUGAGAAUUUAUACAGAUCCUGUAACCCUGAGAUGUGGCCACAACUUCUGCCGGGUCUGUAUUGAUCGUGUGCUGGAUACACAGAAGGGUUCUGGAGCUUACUCCUGUCCUGAAUGCAGAGCAAAGUCCAAAAGACGUCCAGCGCUAAAAAGGAACAUAACUCUGUGUAAAGUAGUGGAGAGUUUCCGGUCUAUUCAUCCAGAUCAGGAGGAGACUGGGAUCUUCUGCACUUACUGUAUUCACUCUCCUGUACCUGCUGCUAAAUCCUGUCUGAUGUGUGAGGCUCAUCUGUGUGAUAAUCACCUGAGAGUACACAGCAAGUCACCAGAACACGUCUUAUCUGAUCCCACCGCUGCCCUGGGGAACAGGAAAUGCUCCGUCCAUAAGAGGAUUCUGGAGUAUUACUGCUCUGAGGACACUUCCUGUAUCUGUGUGUCCUGCUGUCUGAUUGGGGAACACAGAGGUCACAAGGUGGAGUCACUGGAUGAGGCCUCUGAGAAGAAGGAGAAGCUGAGAGAUGUUCUACAGAAACUGAGCACCAAGAGAGCAGAUGCUGAGAAAAAACUCUGGAGUCUGCAGGAGCGCAGGAGAGAAGAUAAGGGAAGAGCAGCUGGUGUAACAGAGAGAGUUACUGCCCUGUUUAGUGACAUCAGGAGACAGCUAGAAGACCUGGAGAAGAGAGUCCUGAGUGAGAUCUUCAGGCAGGAAGAGCGCGUUUCACGCUCAGUCUCUGAUCUGAUCCAGCAGCUGGAAGUAAAGAAGGAAGAGCUGUCCAGGAAGAUGCGUCACAUUGAGGAGCUGUGUAACAUGUCUGAUCCAGUGACUGUCAUACAGGAACCAGACACAGGGGACUUGUGUAAUACUGAGGAUAGGAAGAGAUGCCAUAAUCAGGUCCAUGAUGGAGGAGAUCUGGAUGUGGGUCUGAUCUCAGGGACAUUACACACAUUAUCAGAUAUAAUAACAUAUAUAAAUAGAGGGAUCUAUGUGCAGGAAGCUACAGACCCAUUACUGGAUGUAACCACAGCUGUUAAAGCCGAAUGUAAUAUAACAGUAUCGUAUACAGGAGUCUAUAAGCAGGAAGCUACAGAUAUAACAGAUACGUAUACAGGAGUCUAUGUUCAAGAGGCUACAGAUACGUUACUGGAUGUAACCUCAUCUGUUAAACUCGAAUCAGAUAUAACAGAAGCGUAUACAGGAGUCUAUAAGCAGGAAGCUACAGAUAUAACAGAUACGUAUACAGGAGUCUAUAAGCAGGAAGCUACAGAUAUAACAGAUACGUAUACAGGAGUCUAUAAGCAGGAAGCUACAGAUAUAACAGAUACGUAUACAGGAGUCUAUAAGCAGGAAGCUACAGAUACGUAUACAGGAGUCUAUAAGCAGGAAGCUACAGAUACGUAUACAGGAGUCUAUAAGCAGGAAGCUACAGAUAUAACAGAUACGUAUACAGGAGUCUAUAAGCAGGAAGCUACAGAUAUAACGGAUACGUAUACAGGAGUCUAUAAGCAGGAAGCUACAGAUAUAACACUGGAUGUAACCAGAGCUGUUAAAAUAGAAUCUGAAAUAACUACAGGUAUAAAUCCAGACUUCUCUGUGCAGGAACCUGUAGACAUAGUGCUGGAUGCAUUGACAGCUGGUAAUAAUAUGCUUAUAUCAGAUGACGGGAAAACGGCGUCGGUAACACGAGAUAGAUUUCAGUAUCCUCAGGCAAUAAGCACCAGGGGCUUCUCCUCAGGAAGACAUUACUGGGAUGUGGAUGUCCAUCAAUCACAGAGCUGGAGGGUGGGGAUGUGUUACCCCAGUAUAGACCGGAAGGGACAUCGGUCAUACAUUGGAGAGAAUUCCAAGUCCUGGUGUUUACGCAGGUGUAAUUAUCAGAACUUUGUGAUACACGAUGGGGAAGAGACCCGGUUACCUGACAGAAGGAACUGUAACCGGGUGAGGAUAUAUCUGGACUAUGAGGCAGGACUGCUGUCCUUUAAUUCUCUGUGUGGCCCCAUCAGGCACUUAUACACCUACAACACCACCUUCACCGAGCCUCUCCAUGCUGCACUGUGGCUAUGGAGUGGUUAUAGCACUAUAUCUGGGGUGGGCUCAGAAAUUGGGAGAAAUAAGAAAUCUGCCUAGAGACUGCCGACAUCACAAAGCGGGGUUUCUGAUUGGUGGGACACUUAGCCAAUAUAAAGAUACUGUUGGUGGAUUCACAACUGUGCUGAUUUUUUUCCACCACUGGGAGCUCCAUGAAUAUUCAUCUUCUAUAAGAAUAGACUAAAGAUGCUCCUCAGCACUGUUAUAAGCGCCAGUGUCCACUAGAGGCCGCUCCAUGGACCAAAUGACUCCUAGGAUGCACCCCUACCAUAUACUGCCCCUAUAUACACUCUACACCCUCAUACCCGUCAUUUUGACUGGUUUUAAAUAGUUACAUUAAGGUUAUGUAAAGGAAGAAGCGUCUGUUAUAGGCACAAUUGUUAAAUUAUAACUUUUAUUGAUAUAAUAAAAGUAGUCUUUAAUUAUAAAACAAAGUACAAAUAACAUUUUAAAAAUAACAGAAAGAACAGUGUUAUAGAAUAAUUCUGUGAAUAAAACCCCAUGUUCAGUUGUGUGUUUUGUAUAAAGCCUUUGUGUUAUAGUUAUGUUGUAUAUUGGCAAUUUGAUGAAUAAAGAACUCAAAACUUUUCUACAAUAAA